UGUCUCUUAGGGUUUCCUGUAAAGCUUCUCUCUGUCCUUUCUUCCGACACAGUGAUACGGUGUACAGUACCCUCUGUCAUCCCGUGCUGGCAUGGUGCUUGUGCAACUGGAAUUGCAUUUUCUGACGAGGCAUGUAGAUAAUAUUGCAGGAGGAUUCUCAUUGACACCAGCCUUCCACAAAAAAAGAACUAAAAUGAAAUCUGUAGAAAUAAAAAUACAUAAUGAAUUUUCCAGAAUGUAGGCCUUUCUGAAAGUUUAAAAGUUCGAAAUUCAGUGGAUACACUUAAUUUUUAGGUGGUUUAAAGUUUGCAGCAUUUAAACCUCAUGGUUGCUGAUUACUGCAAUGCCAUUCCAUUAAAUGGGACCCAAUUUUAUAAUUAAUGGUACAGUAUUAGAAUUCAUCUUCGGAUUUGUGGAAUAUCUGCUGUACAGGACAUCAGACUGUGGAUGGGUUCAACUUUUUGACAGGAUCCUUAGGGAUUUUGACAAUAAAUCAUGCUUUUCUCAUUCCUAAUGCCUGUAAGCAGGUGGCUGGAGUGGAAUACAAGCGUGUGAGUGCACAAUUAGCCAAGUAAGGGUGAUUUUUAACUGACCCUUUUGGAGAGACAAUAUUGACAUUUAUUGGCUUGCUUUUAGGUUUGCUGUUGCAGCCAAACCCCCAUGAAAAACCCUAUGCUUUGAUUUUAACCACUGUUUCCUUCAAGGUCAAAGCAGUAGCGUGGGUCGAGUGCAAUUUGCAUUACACCAUCACAAAUAACAGAACAGGUCAACUUUGAUUUAAAUUGAAAAAAAAAAUUGUCAAGGCAACUAAUUAAAUAUAAAAAAAACUUUGACUGAAAUUCAUCCAGAAAAUGUUGUGCACACAGCCCCAUCCUGGGAAGUAAGAGAACGUGAUCCAGAGUACGUAGCACAAAGAUGACGGGGCCAGUGAAUCCCAGCGCCUGUAAAUGUAAUCUACAGAGCAGAUUACUUUUCCACCAGUAGGUUGUCUGUUACUGUAUCGCCUGUGAAACAUUUCCAAAACAUAGAACGUCAUGGGAAAAAUCUGUAUCGCCUCUGCUAAUGACAGAAUAAUAUUUGAAAUAGCCUUGUUUGCCAAGAAGAGAUGUUUAAAUAGGAUAGAGAUGCAGGCUAUGGAGUGUGUCCAAGCUCCUGGGUCUCUCCUGUCACUCUGUCUAGGGGGGUGUCACCACGAUAGAAACCCAUCAGCCAUGGGUUAGAUAUUUAUUCAUGUUCUCCUGACAUAUGGGCCUCCACUAAUUUAGUUCAUCCAUACAUUCAACAAGAUACUGCCCUUAAUGUUAAUGUUAUUUAAGCAAUUUUAGUGUUCAGGCCUUGAAUGUUAGCAGGGGCUAAUUUGGCUUUAGAAUUUCUAUAUAAGUGUGGGUUCAGAAAAACUGAAUUAUUACUGGGUGCAGAUGAAUUUGAAGUUUAGCAAUCCAGUACAGCUACUUACCCAUAAAUUCAGCCAGCCAUUAGACUGUUAAACAUAUAUACAUAUAAUAAUAAGUAUAAAAGACCAGGUACUUAAAACCUAAUGAGAACAAGGAAAGAGAGUUGGCCUGAUUGCCAUGUGGACGAGGUGUCUCCUGCAGUAUUAUCUAUUGAGAUGCGCUGAAGGGUUCGCUCCAGCAUACAGCUCAAGACUUGGGAGAAUUUGAAAACACACUGUGCAGUUCAGUGUAAGAUGACCUUUGACAGCUGGUGGGGAGAAACAUUCUGCAAGCUCAUGGCUCCUCUGACUGCUACCCCCUGCCCACUUAUUUAAGUUCUUUAUUUAUUUCUUGAACAGCACAAAGAUCCUGUAAACUAUGUAGGUAAAGUGAUCAGGCCAGUACAGGGCUUAAAGGCCAUCUGGUAACAUUGAGUGUGAAGAGCUCAGUCUUACUUCUGAUACACAGACACACAGUAUCGCCUUUCAGCCUUUGUCUCCGACAGCAAAUUGUUUCUCUGGUCCUGGGAGGCUGCACUGAGGGGAAACAAUAAGCUCCCCCUGAGCCUGUCACUGGAGCCACAGAUACACUGCUGUAGUAUGCAGGGCCUGACAGCCAGGGGCCUCGGAGCUGCCACCUGCACCAGGGGGGCUCAUCCGGUGUCACUGCCAGAUAAGGGUUUAAUGUCAUCCUUCAGCUGGACUGCAGAAAACAGAACCGUCUCCUAAUUAGCAUUUUAAAAGUCCUUGCAGAAAACCACAAUAACCUUGAAAGACACAAAGAGGGAACAUGAAAACCUGGAUACAAGAAAGAGGUAGAUAAUAUAUGUAGGUAGGUGGAAUACAGGUUGAUUUUGAGAGUGGCAGUAUUCACCAUCGAGCAAUGGUAGGUGCAGGCAACAAUGGGACAUAGACAGCUGACAUAUACUGGAUAUUGCAUUGCCUUCCUAAUAUACAGGCACCAUUCCCCUAGAAGGGUUCCAUUGGAGAGAUAGUGGUCGACAUGAUUAAAAUGAAUUGCAAGAAUGACAAUGAGGCCUGCAUUUAUAGGGUUCGGGGAAAAUCGGCCCAAAACUAGGUCGACCUAAACUAAAUCACUCGGGCCACAGUGAAACUUACAAUCUCGUACAAGCUAAUUUAGGUAGGUUUUAUUUUAUUAUUCAUCCCCAGAAAAAAAUCCUUUUAGUUUUUAUAUAUAUUUUUUUCCUCUGCUGUUUGUUCUUGUUGGGGAGAUGCAGUUUGAAUCGGAGCCAUGUGUUACUGAAAGGCAGGUGGUUGCAGAGGUAAGUCAGGUCUCCCUGGGGCCUGCAGAGUAACAGGAUAGGGCCGCUCAAGUGACAUUUCAUAGCAGCCGGUCGGCUUGGACGCUAUAAAUACUUCAUUUCAAGGAGCUGUAUGCAGUAGCGAUACAGUUUGGCCUCUCUCCCAGCCACUCAUUGUGUGUAAUCUGUAGCCAGCUAGCGGUUCGUGUUUUUGGGGACCUGUUUCUAACAUUCUGCCUUGCAUGCAUAACUGGGUAGCAUUCAGUUCCUGUCACCCUGUAUCAGGUAUACUGUGGGCAGCCCUAGAUACAAUCCACUCAGGAACCUCUGCAAUCGGUGGUACGGGAGCAGAGCAGCACAGACGGGAGAGCACUCCUACAAAUUUAGUCCCAGUGGAAAGUAGCAAAAUAACAGAACUGAACACCAAAGAGCUUCAAAACAGUUCAGAGCAGGAAUUGCAAAGAACGGGCUCAGUUUCACAAACCAGAGCAGUCUGGAACUACAUUCAUAGCAAGAAAAUGUUAUCUUUUAGUCAAUUAAGUCCAGCUGAGCUAAUUUCUGCAAAAACAUACUGUUCUAUCUUAAACAUUUUUUUGUUUAACCACCAAGCUGUUUUUUUCUAGCUAGCUGUUGUGAAAUAGCUCCUGGAUUGACUAAUGCAGAGGGUUGCCAUCAAUGACCUGGGAAUUACUCCAAUGCACAGAGCAACUUUAGCUAUGUGGUAGAUUUUUUGCUAAUGACUCACAGAAAUAGUGGUAUAUUUUUACUGUCUUGCUGUUAAGCAUAAAUGUACCAAUACAUUGGGGGGGAAGGAAAUAGUUUUAUUGCUAAAAUGCAUUAUUUUAUAAAUACAGCCUAGUGUAUACAAAUAAGGUAUAACCCAUGCACAUCUGAAUAGAAAUGGCUAAACUAGACUUGGUGUUCUUCUCGGGUCAAAUUACAUACCCUACCUUUCAAAAGAUUAGAAGUAACCAACGUUUUUGAGAAUGACUGGCCAUUUAUUGACCAUUUUAUCUACCUCAAACCUAUUUAUUGGAGGUGAAAUUAAGACCAGAUGUCCUGUCCAGACAUUUUGCAUGGGGUACAAUCAGGUUUACAAGAAAUGUCUACAUUAUUUUUUUUUUUUUUUAAAACAGUCUAAAAAAUGUGGGGUGUUACAGCACCUCUGACAGCUUGCUCAAUACAAUAUUUUGUAUAUUGUUCAAGGAAGGACGAUUGAACUAUUUAGUGAAAUAGCUGUAUUUCCAUUUUUUUUUAAUUGUCAUUUAAUUCAGAAUCAUUCAUUUGAAUGUUUUCUGAGCAAGCUGUGCUUUUUCUUCUCCAGGCACACAUGCAUGUGGCUGUAGGUUUAGAAUAUUAAAAGCCAAGGUGACCUUUUUUUGUCUUCAGUUCUGCAGUACCGGAAAGAAAAAAAUAAAGCUUGCUAGAACAGCUUGGGCCUCAAGACCACCAGAAACACUAAGAACAUAUUAUAAAAAAUAACUGACAACAUAACAUCAAGUACUAAUUAAAAAAAAAGGUAUAUUUAAAAGUACUACAACAUUACAUUCCUGGGUGCACUUAAUACCAGCGCAUAAGACUAUCUACCCGGUCUUAUUCUUUAUCAAGGGGGGGUAAAAAACUGACAUUUUUAAUCAACACCACAAGCAGCCACUUAGAAUAACAGAAGAAUGUAUCCCUGCAUCUGUCCUGUCUCCAUUGCAAGUAUCUUGAUAGACUUGUUCUCUGCAAGAAAUCUCCAGAGCUGUGGAGUGAGAACAUCCAGCACAAACUUACAAAUAGAACUAGUUGAGGAGGUCCAGAGAAGAAUGGGGGAAGUUAUCUGUGAUAAUAUUGGACACCGGUUACUCCAGAAACAUGGCUGGAAGCUGGGGCAGGGACUGGGGAAAACGAUGCAGGCGUUAUGAUCCCGACCAUGUUGUGGUGAUGGUAAACUUAGUGGCAGGACGGAUCCCGUCCCGAUUAUCCUCAAGUAUGAUGUCAUGGGAAUGGGGAGAAUGGAAAUGGAGCUGGACUAUGCAGAGGAUGUGACGGAGAAGAGGCGAGCUCUGGAGGUGGAGAAGGAGGAUACAGAGGAGCGGAGACAAAAAUACAAGGACUAUGCCGAGAAGGAAAAGGCAAUCGCCAAAGCUCUUGAAGAUCUGAGAGCGAAUUUCUACUGCGAGCUGUGUGACAAGCAGUACCAAAAGCACCAGGAGUUCGACAACCAUAUUAACUCCUACGACCACGCGCACAAGCAGAGACUGAAGGAACUGAAGCAACGUGAAUUUGCCCGAAAUGUUUCCUCAAAAUCACGUCGAGAUGAAAAAAAGCAGGAGAAAGCACUGCGGCGACUGCAUGAGCUGGCAGAGCAGAGGAAGCAGCAGGAUUGCGCCCCAGGGAGUGGUCCCAUGUUCAAAGCCACCACAGUGGCGGUGGAUGAGGAGAGCAGUGAAGAUGGGAGCCUGUACCCUGAUGGUACCGCAGUCCUGGCUGGAGUCAGUGAGGGGAUGCCUGCAGAGGAAAAGGGAACCCCCAGCUGUGGUCAUAUUGUCAGCGUGGCUUCACCCAAGCAGGCAGCCACUGCUACCGUGAGUGUUCCCCCUGUGAAAAACAACUCGACACCCCAGCCCAAAGUGGGAUUCUCCUUCUCGUUUGCCAAGAAGGUCCCGGUGAAGCUGGAGACCACAGCAUCGGUUUUCAAGGAACUGGGCGAGGAGGUGUUGACAGAUGAGUCUCAAAAGGAGGAAGAGGAGAAAACUGGGUGCGACCCCUCAGUACCCCCUAAACUCCCUGACGGAGAGAGCCCUCUGAGCAUCCAGGCUAAGGCAGUCAGUGCGGGGGAGGAGGAACAGCAAGACUCUGAGGGGGGAGCGCUGGCUUCCACACUAUCCAAACUGAAGAUGAUGAUGAAAAGAGAGGAGGGCUCUUCUAAUCAAGAGCCCCAGUAUUACCAUUACAUCCCACCAGCGCACUGCAGUGUCAAACCCAACUUUCAGUUCCUGCUGUUCAUGAGGGCUUCUGAUCAGAGCAGCUGCGGAAAGGAGAGUGAAGAAAGCAGUCGGUGUCCCCAGGACGCCAGGGAAAGGGACAGCAGCAAACAGGGGGAAGGCAGACCAGGGGACAGCAAACUCAAGGAGACUCUGCAAGGAGAUGGCAAGCAAACUGAUUGCAAGCACAAAGAGGAACAACAUUCUCAGAAUCAACAGAGAGCAGCUGCUACAGAGCCAGGGCCCAACAUGGUCAAAGUAAAAGAGAAAAUGGGCUCCCCAAAAGUCACUGCUUCUGAAAAGCAACCAGUGGAAUGCAGCAAGGCUAUUGCAGAGCCAAACGAUGGCCCCCGUCAGCCCACUGGCCCUUUCUUUCCAGUCCUGAGUAAAGAUGAGAGCACCACCCUGCAGUGGCCAUCAGAGCUGCUGGAGUUCACUCGGGCUCAGCCUUCCCUCUCCUACAGCUGCAACCCUCUCUACUUUGAUUUUAAGCUCUCGCGAAACAAAGAUGGCCGGGGGAAGCUAGCCACAGACAAGUCUGGCCCAGUUCGUACUGGAGAGCAGCAAGCUGCGAGCCAAAAAGUCAGACUGGAGGCUGAGAAGCCAACAGGGAAUAUUGGAGAGGGCACAGGGAACAAACCGGAGCAAACAGCUGCGGCAAGUGGAGACGGACAGACAGAACCAGCAUCAACAAGCCCAGCCCCAAAGAAAGACAAAACCCUAAAGGCACACAAGCAGAAAAAGAAAAAGAAGAAACACAAAAAGUCAUCCAAACGAGCAAAGCUGAAGGAGAGGGGCAGCGGGGCAGGGGAGUGCGAAGGGGCUCCUGAUGAGAAAUCCAAGAAGAGGAAGAAGCAGAAACGGAAGAAAAGCAAAAGCAGGGCCUCUGAGGAGAGGGAGGACCAAGCGCUGCAGGCUGCAGAGGAGUUUUCAGAAGGAGGCAAGAGAAAGCGACCCAUCCAGGAUAAUCACCAAAGGACAGCAGCUGAGGAGAGCAUUAGAGGCAGCCAGGCCAAAAGUUCAGAGCCGACCAGCUCUUCGGAAGAGCACAAUUGUGCCAAGCGACACAAAUCGGAACCUGCCGCUUUGGCCUCUUCCUCCUCUUCCCUGCGGAAGCAAUCUUCCAGUCGGGGGAGGAGAAGCCAAAGUCAGCACGGGAGCAGCGAGGAAGAUGAGAGCGAGGACGGUGACUCCUCCCGCAGGAAAUCGUCGUCCUCGCGGACACAGCGGCAGCACCGGCAGUACAGCGAGGAGGACUCUGAACGCUCGCUAAGCAGGUCCUCCCGGAGAGGGGGGCGUCGCCACAGCCGGCGAGCCUCGUCACACAGCCGCUCCGACUCCAGCAGCUCGGGCCACUCCUCAGAGCGCAGCAGUCGCUACAGCGGUCGCUACAGCGGUCGCAGGGGCCGCAGCUCCUCAGACAGUUACAGUGACUACAGCGAGUGCUCGCGGCAGGGGCGCCGUUCCAAACGCUCUCCCACCUCAGACUCUGACUACGACUGCUCCCGGCGCAGCGGCCGUCGCUCUCACAGACGCCAGUACACUUCAUCAGAGUCCAGCUGCUCACGCAGCAAUAGCAGGGACCGGGGUAGCCGUCGGAGGCGCAGCCACCACCGCAGCUCCUGCAGCAGCAGCCGCAGCCGCAGCCCCAGCUGGAAACGAAGCCGAAGCAGCUACAGCCGCAGUUCAGGCAGCCAGUCCCGGCGGUCGUCCAGCUCCACCAAGGGGUCCUCCAGGGGAGGGAACCGGCAUCACGAGUCCUCUUCCGAGCGACGCCGUCGCAGGGACUUCAACCGCUCCAAAAUAUAUCGUUCCCAGUCCCCGCGCUCCUCCUCCCGCACCCCAGCAAGGAGGGAGGAGACCAGGACUAGCAGCAGCAGCAGCACCUCUCUUCAGCGGACAGGGGCAGCAAGAGGAGGAGCAGCUUCAAUCCACCCUGAACCAAGCGUUGUAGAAGAGAGGAACUCGCUGACUGCCAGGCAGCUGCUAGAAAAAGUGCAGGCCCGCAAGGGGCCAGAGGAUGGUCCUACAGCGCCUGGGAAAGCAGGGAUCAAACUCAAAGAUCCUCCACAGGGAUACUUUGGCCCAAAGCUCCCUCCCUCACUUGGAAACAAGGCUGUUCUUCCUUUAUUCGGGAAGCUGCCCGUGGUCAAAAAGCCUCUGAUGCGCCGACCAGACGAACUGGGAUCCGAGAGGGCAGAAGAGAUGGAAAUUCAUGAGGCAGGUCUGACUGCUGGGGAGGUGGUUUUUGUGGAGCCCAUUCGAGAGUUCCCCCCUCCUCCUCCUCCGCUGCCCCCUCCACAGCUUGGGGAGAACGGACAAGCCCCCCAUGAGGAGAUGCCUGCUGAAGCCUCUACCUGCCUGUUUGAACCAGAGCCUGGCUUCCUAGUCCAGCCCUAUCCCUCUGAGCCCUGCCAGGAUGCUGCCAAGGGGCUGACCGCUCUGGAGCCCUUCCCUCCCGAACUGCAACCUUUUCCAGGGUACACUUCCCAACCCCUGGAGGAAGAUGAGCCAGAAGCAGAGGAGGACUCCUCUUUGGCACCCUUGGAGAGCCAGCCCAUCACCUUCACCCCAGAGGAAAUGGAAAAGUACAGUAAGCUUCAGCAGGCAGCCCAGCAGCACAUCCAGCAGCAGCUCCUCGCCAAGCAAGUCAAGAGCUUCCCAGCAGCUGCCAACCUGGCACCUGCCCCAGCUCUGCAGCCCAUCCACAUCCAGCAAUCUGCAGCGGCCACAGCUACCGCCACCUCCAUCACCACAGUGCAGCACGCCAUCCUGCAGCACCAUGCCGCCGCUGCUGCAGCUGCCAUCGGCCUCCACCCGCACCCCCAUCACCAUCACCCCCAGCAGCUGGCCCAGGUACACCACAUCCCCCAGCACCACCUAACCCCCUUCUCCCUCUCCCCGCUGGGCCACUCUCUUAUCCCAGCCCACCACGCUGCCUUUCUGUCUAGCCAUCCCAUUCACAUCAUCCCAGCCUCGGCUAUCCACCACACCCAGCUGGCGCUGCACCAUGUCCCCCACGCUGCCCUCUACCCCACCCUGUUUGCCCCCCGACCCACAGCAGCCACUGCUGCCCUGCACCUUCACCCCUUCUUGCACCCCAUCUUUUCAGGGCAGGACCUGCAGCACCCCCCAAAUCAUGGCUCCUGAGAGACGGCAUUUCUUUCCCGGCGAUGGCCCUUGCUGCCCCCCCAGGCUCGGCUCAAGGGGCCCUUCCACAUUGUUGCUGCUUAAGCAGAUCUCCACUUUCAGCCCACCUCAAUUGAGUCCUAUUCAAUCAGAGCUCGAGACCCUCAAUCAUCCACUGAAUCACAGCUCGAGGGACAGAAUUCCCGCCCUUUCACUGUAGAGAACCCCCAGCUCUAACCAGUAAGAAGAGAGCACAGCUCCUUAACCUAACUGGGGUUCUUUGUGUUUAAAUAUAUUUGUGGGAGUUCAAAGCAUGAGAGUGCAUGAAAGUUUGUGUUCAUCGUAGGUGGCAUCUUAGAAGCUGCGAGGAGUGCUCGGAUUAAACUUUUGAAACAAUCAUAUAACCCAGAAGUGGAAGCCCAAGCCCAAGUACAAUGGUACAGCUGGGCCUAAUUGUUUAAAGGGAGGGGGAGGGGCGGGGGGACAUAUAAACUGAACCAGGAUCCCUGAGCUCCUGAACUAUUGGGAUUCUGGGCAGCACCUAGAAUACAGUUCUGAAAGGUAAGGGAUAAGGAAGAGCUGUGCUGGGGUGCUGUGAUUGCACAGCCAGGAAACCUGCUAUUUGCAGUUGUUUUUUUUUUUUUUCCCCCACAAGCAUAUAAAUGGACUGCAGACUUUCCAUGUGUGUCAGUAAGGAGAGGCAAUCUUUUCUUUGUUAGACCCAGAUCCUUCAGUCCUCUGUAUUCGCAUGCGUGUCCCCCUGACACUUCACCCACAGAUUGCCUCAUUCAUCCCUCUGCCUUGCGGUCGGGAAUCCUCAGUUAAUGGAUUAAACCAUUCUGAUUACUUUUCAUCUGCAUUGUUUAGUGCAAAAAAUGUGUAAAGAAAAAAUAAGUAAGGAUUUGGGUGUUUUUAGAGCAGCUUGUACAUUAUUCAGGAAUCUCUGAGAAUAAAUGAAAACUGUAUAAAUUGUAAACUAAAUGUGUGUGUGGUGUUUUGUGGUGUUAUCUUUAUCUUUAAAUAGUUAUCUUUAAAAUACGAAAUGUAAGUACCAGGUUUCCUUGCAUUUCAGUAGAGUAAAAGGGGUGUUCAGAAGAAUUACAAGAUGAAGCGUGGUUAAUUGAGCUAAAUAAAUGUGUUGUUAAUUGCCGACAAUGGACUUAUGCUUUCUAUGUUUUGAGUGGAGGCAGUUGUUUAUGUUAGUUAUCUUUGUAUAUCUACAGGUUGAUUCAUAAACAAUAAAGACACGAUUACAGAGCUGCAUGUUCAAAUUGUGCCCCUCCUGGCGUGGUGCACAACUUACCAGCUACAUCGGACACUGAUGUGUGACUUAGCUAUGACAUGCCUAGAUACUUUUCAUGGAAGGCCUUUGCUGCAUUAACUUGGAACUUACUGUGGAAGUGGCCUGUCUGGCCUGUCUGGCCUGUAAACCUGAAACAAAACUAAAAAGACACUUUGUGUGAUAAUAUUUUGGUGCAAUGCUUAUGAAUCAGUCUGUGAGAUAAAUACAUAAAUAAUAAAUUGACAUUAAAGGAAUUAAAAGGUGAGCCAUGUGUUCUUCAUUGCCAAUGGGUGUAUUUCAUUGUUUAUAGGGCCCAUAUUGGUGCUGUUAGUUAACCUUGAGACGUAUAUCUAGGCUGCCUGGUUCCUAAUUAUUGUAAAUGUCUUCCUCACACUCCCUAACACUCAAGUAUUUCUUCUUGUAAGUUUCAAUACUGGAGUGCAGCUUGUUGCCUGAUAACUAAGCUUAUUGUGUUGGAUCUAAAAUUGCAGAAUAAAAAACUAAAACUGCAUAUCAAUGCUUCGACGUUCAGAGCUUUAAAUUGAAUUCAUCAGCGGCUGACUGUUGAAAGUUUUUGAACGCUUGAGUUGGCAAAUCUUUGUUCCUUUUUUUUUCCAUUUUCAUUGUAAACAAUUGCACUGAACUAUAUACGUAAAUGCUGCUUUUGUAGCAACUAACAAUUACGUGAUUGUAGAAUACUGCAAUAUUUUAUUUUUCAAACCAGCAGGGUUACAUUUGGUUCUUAACAUUUAUCUGGCUCCAUGUAAAUAUGUCUGCUGUAGUUUAAAUUACUUGUAAAGGUUAGGGUUUGUAGUUCCAGCUUAAAUGCAAAACAAAAAGUGCUAAGCAUGUAUAUUUUAUUAGAACCCAUGUAUUUUUGAAACUUUUAUGUACUGUAAAAAAAAAAGUUUCUUGAGGUUUAGAAGUUUUGCAUUUGAGAUGUAUUCAGUAGUCUACAUGGUUUGAAUUUAGUUUUUACAUUACAUUUUUAGUGCAUGGGUGAAUGAGGCGGAACUAAAAAAAAAAUGAACAGUUUUUUCUUGAUUGCAGACUGAUUUAGUAUUUAGUUUUUAGCUUGUGAAAAGCAAGGUGCCUUCUGGCUUAGAUAAAUACUUACAAAAAACGGAAGUGGACAGAAGCAGAAAUACAUGUUAUAUAUAGUUUUGUCUUGCAAGUUAUUGACUGACUCAAGCUGUUGCAGCUUGUGGCCACUAGAGGUCUUGUCUGAAUUAAUGUACUUGAUUGGUAAUCAUUGAGAAGGUUAUGCAGUAGCUUACAUUUCUCAUUUUUUCAUUUAAUAUAUUUUUUUACAUCUUUGUUUUCCUCCCUAACUAGUUCUCUUUUUUAAUUCAUACAUUUAGACUUAAUUAAUGAACCUGAAUUGUUAAUAUCAAAAACUUCAUCACUCAGUUCAAAUGAACAAUAAAAAAAUACAGGAUGUUUAGGGUUUUCUAAGGAGGAGCCAUUUCUAGAUAGAUGUCAUUUAAUUAAGUGAAAUUCAGUGUUUUCAAAAUCCUGCAGCGUAGUGUUUUCAGAUACUUUUUUUCAUUAAUAAAUUAAUGCUUCCUUAAUUUUCAUUGAAUACUAAAAAAAAAGCAAGAUAGCUGUCAGUAUGGGAAUGCAGUGAGACCUCUUUUAUAAAUUCAAAAAAUCGGUUUGGAUACCUAAAAUGAAAAUUGUGAUUGUGGCCUGGUUUUUAGUAGUUCUGCUUCAAGCGCCCGUGCACUUGUGACUUACUGAUUUUAAACAGCUUCUUGUAACUUUAAACAAUGCAGUGGAAGGAAAUCCUAACAGACCGUAACUGGCCCAUUGUAUUUAACUUUGUCACAUACACAAACAAGUAUAUUGCUGUAAAAUAAUAAUAAAAAAAAAUCCUUUAUAAUAAAAAGAUUUAUGAACA